AUGGCGUCCGCCCAGCAGGUGCAGGGCCACAACCCUUCGACCUGCCCAGAGCUUGUCGCCGCGGCCAAUGCGCAGCAGAAGGCCGACCUGGUCCGCUUGGACCACGAGCAGCUGGGGAAAGCUCAGCGAGGAGUGACACCAUUCCUCAAUCUUCACCUCAGCGACCUCGCCGCUUCGGCGGUCUUGAUGCUCGAUGACAAUCGAGACACAAUCACCUAUUUCGAUAGUGAGCUCGAGGCCGAGAAGUACCGCGAGCGGCUGCUGCCCAUGAAGCCCCAGCCGGACUUCACGAUCCCUCAGACCGCGGCUGAGAAGAAAGCACACGUCAAAGUCCUUUUCCAGGCAUUCAAGUGCGUGCCUGCAGAGUGCUUAGAAGGUGAAAAUAUCAAGAAGCCCUUCACCAACCACAUUCAUGACAAUGUCAUGGUCGAGUGCCUGUGCUGGGAGAUUCUUCGACGCUGCAUCCAGCGCUCGCAGGUCUUAUCGAACUUGGUGGAGACGUACGAACCAGACAAAUACAAAUUCAAGAAAUUCAUGGACAAGGACUUCGAGCAGCGGUUUGAUGCGAUUGUGAAUGCCAUGGCGCGCAGUAAGAGCAUGUGCAAGCACAUGUACGAUGUUCCAUAUCUGUUCAAGGUCAUCGACGACCCACAGACCAAUGUUGAGCGAAUCGACUCGAACCGCAAGCUCAACGGACAGAAGGCAGUUGUGAUGAAGAGAGGCAAAGAGGCCGUCGCAGGAGACGAACAGCAAGGCCGAAGCAAGAAACCAAAGACUGAAGUUGCAAAGACCGAGUCACAGUCUGCUUUGGUGCCAUCACAACCGCGACGUCAGCAUGCGUUGCCUGCGACCAGCACUGCACAGACGUCCGUGUACACACCACCACGACCGCGCUUUUCCUCCCAGCAGGCCGAGUCCGCUCCGCCACCGGGGAGAAUGGCGCCGCCAGUUCAGACUGGGUAUGGCAGACAGCAUCUCCAGCAGAGCGGUAUGCGAAUGUCUAACAGUCCGUACCGCAGCACGCCAACGCCAAACGGAGACAUCAUGCUACCUCGCGCAAUGGCCAAUAACCAAUCUCCCACAUACACAAACAACUAUUCCCCCUCUGCGUACAUGCCAUCGAGCCAAUACAGCAUGCAACCACUCUCACAGAUGCGCACUCAAGGAUACGCCGGUCGACCAAUCAUGCGACCUUAUCCAUCUCAACCUACCUCUUCCUCUUCAACCACUCGCUCUCCGUCACGAACAUCCAGCCAAUACCCCGACCCGUCCACGCCGAGUGAUCAGAUGGCUAUCGGCUGGCUUGCACAACCCGAACAAGACACCCGCACCAUGAAUUCGAGCUACAACUCUAGCGCAUCCACCAUCACGUCUCCUUUGAACACCAUCGAUCAGGAACAACCUCAGUGGCCUGGAGACAGCUACCAAGAAUCCGAUCUCGGCGAAACCUGUCACACUUCGUCAGAGACACAUACCCAAGACGAUGGCUUUGAAUCACACCAAGAGUACGCACACGCCAAUAUCGAAGAAUUUCUCCAACGCGCAGAGGAACAGAAUGCCAGCAAUGUUGCUGCUGCCGAGAAUUAUGAAGAUGCGCCUUUUGAGACAGAUCGUCAGGAACCAUCUCAUAUGUGA